AUGAGGUGGUUACCUACUCUCUUGCUUGUUGCGUCAAUCGGAAUUCAACAAUCCUUUGCUGACCGGGUUCUUGUUUUAGGAGAAACAGCAGCAGUGAAGGAUUCGCACUCUGUCUUCCUCAAUUCUAUCAAAGAACGUGGGCAUGAAUUGACUGUUCGUGCUGCCGACGACGCACAACUUGCUUUAUUCAAACAUGGACAAUUGAUCUUCGACCAUCUUUUUGUUCUCGCUCCAGGAGUCCAGGUUUUUGGAGGAUCUCUUUCUCCCAUCGAAAUUUCUAAAUUUGUUGAUGCUGGUGGCAACGUUCUUAUCGCUGCUGGUUCCAACAUUGGUGACGCCCUUCGCGAAGUAGCCGUUGAACACGGUUUCGAGUUCGAUGAAGCUGGAACAGCUGUUAUUGACCAUCAUAACUAUGAUCAGACUCUUGACGCUGGAGACCACACAACUAUUGUUGUUGGUAAAGAUCAACUCAUCAGUGCAGAAUUAAUUGUUGGAAACGCUGCUAAACUCGGACCAGUUUUAUUCAGAGGAGUUGGUUUAGUCAGUGGAAAGUCGAACAAUCUUGCAUUGAAUAUUGUAAAGGCUUCUGGAACUGCUUUCUCGUCCGAUCCAAAAGCUGCUCGAGCAGUGAACCCAUCUAUUGCCGGAUCUCGAACUCUUCUUAUUGGUGGUCUCCAAUCUCGCAACAAUGCCAGAAUUGUCUUCUCUGGAAGCGCUGAAUUCUUCUCCAACACAUUCCUUGCAGCCAAAACGAAUUCAGUCAAUCCAUCGGUUCAAGGAGCUUCAUCUGGAAAUGCUGAACUCGCCAGCGCGAUUAGUAAAUGGGUGAUGAAGGAGAGUGGAGUUCUUCGUGUCAAAUCUGUUAACCAUCACAAGAAAGGAGAAACGGUCCCACCAGCUGAGGAUUAUUUCAUCACCGAAGAUGUUGUAUACACAAUUGAAAUCGAGGAGCUGAAGAAUGGAAAAUGGGUACCAUUCCAAGGAAAAGAUGUUCAGCUUGAGUUUGUUCGUAUCGAUCCAUUUGUUAGAGCUACAUUGAAAAACAACAAUGGUCGUCUCUCAGCUGCAUUCAAACUUCCAGAUGUCCUCGGAGUUUUCAAGUUCCUCGUUGAUUACAGACGAGUUGGAUACACACAUCUUUAUGAUGUGCAGCAGGUAUCGGUUCGUCCAUUGUGGCACACACAAUACGAGCGUUUCAUCCGAUCAGCUUAUCCAUAUUACGCCUCCUCCUUCUCAAUGAUGGCAGGGCUUGUGCUGUUCUCAAUUGUGUACCUCUAUCACAAAGACACUCCGAUCAAGGGAGCUAAAGUUUUGGAUUCGGAAAAGAAAAAGAACUGA